GUCGCAGUUGUCUGGAAGGCGGCAGAAUCCAUCGAGACUCUCCACAAUUUUAUUCCUCUGGGGAAUCCUGUCGUGUGAGGCUGUGAGGCUCUUUUCGUCUCUCUCUUGCAAUCUGUUCGUUUUCCAGAAAGCAGAAUGGUUAGGGAGAGUUCCCCGUCCUGCAUAGCGUAGAGUAUCCGCAUACAAGAAGGAAUGCGUUUGUUUCGAAAUCUUGCUUGGUUCUUGCUCCUUUGUACGCUGCAUGUGUGAGUCACUCCGAGCAUGCCUGGAAGAGACGGCAUCAACACUGAAAUCACGACAUUGUCGAAAGCCAGUGGAUGGAGACUCUGCAACCACCGUCCUCUCUAAAGGGAAUAACUCGAACUGGACGAUUUGGUUAGGCCUCGAGUGUCGCUCUUUUCCAGAUUCUCCAAAAGCAAGAAUGUAAUCAGGGCAUUCAAAAUGAAUGACUACACUCUGAGAGUUCCGCAACAGACAGCCCCCAGUCUUAACAGCGUGGAGAAACUGUAUCUUUGGUCGAGGGUGCCACUGCAGCGCGUCGAUUGACUGGCGACAUGUACAGAAGAUUGUCGAAUAAAAGUCUGAGAGUGAGAGACAGGCGCAGUUUUUCGCCCUGCGUAACCGAGAGAUGUCGGUUGUAAAGUAAGCCUGUUUUUUUUGCCGUAGAAGCCUGGCUCUCUAUACCGCAAUCUGGCGACUCUGUUUCGAGACGCGGGUCGAGAAGGUCGCGCAUGCACUGGUGGGGAUCAGAUGUUGUGGCGUAGAAGGGGAAAAGCCUCGUCGCAACAGCACCGGGAAAGGACGCGCCUCCUGAAAAAGAAGUGAAGCGUCAAGAAAGGCGUUCUUUCUCGACACAUCAACUACAUCAUCUUUUCAAAGUCUCCCCUCCCUCGCUUAUUCCGACGUUGCUGCCCCCCAGCUGGCCCUCCCCAGGGGCACUGACCUUGCAGCUGUAUAGGUUUGCGCGCGCAGAGCCGUUUUCCGGACUUCUCUCCUUUUGUUUCUGCUUCCACCCGGAGGCUUUAAGGAACGGAAGAAAAAGGGGGAAAUGCCGCCUUGUCUGGCGGCUGCGACCAGAUGGCUGCGUCUCGCCGCCGUCAGCUGUAUGUACACCGAAACGCGCAAAAACGCCGCGUGUCUUGACGCCUGCGGACUCGCGCGCCCUGCGCCGCGCGAAUUUGAGUCGCAGAAGCAGAAAAGUCCGAGUUCCUCACCCGUUCACUUCGUGACGUCUACGGUGCAUCUUGGAAAUUGAAGGAAAUCUGCCGAUUCUCUCUUCAACGUCCCCACACGCAAUUCUUGCGCAGUCUCCUCCCGCCCUCUGCACUGAAGCUGAAGAUCGAAGGAGCUUCAGCAGAGAGAAAAACAAAGCUGCUGACAGUCUCGGAGGGGCGAAGCGAUCAAGUCUACAAGGUUCUGCUGGGAACACGAAAGAUUUUUCGUCAGAGAGGCCAGCGACAGUUCUCUGGUUCGGUGGCAACUUCUGACUGUGUUUCUGCUUUCACUCCACGUCUUCCGCCUUCCUCUCUUCUGGCUUAUCUCUUCCUCCGUCCGCUGCUCCCCAGUCCUGUUUCCUGGACGGUGCUCUCUCAUCUGCUUGCACUCGUCUCUGUCCGCGUUUCCUUCUCCAUUUUGGCCUCCGUUCUUCCCGACGAACAUGGCGGAAACCGAGACGCCGCUGUCUCUCUGCUCUUCCUCGAGCAUUGCUCUUGGCACAGGUGGACGCUUCACAGUCGCUCUCCUGGAGUGGCUUCCAGAUCGUUCUGUUUUCUCCCCUUCACCCUCGUCCUCUUCUCCCUCUUCUUCUCCCUCUUCUUCUGCCUCUUCUCCCUCUUCUUCUUCUCUCUCUUCUUCGCCGGUUUCUGGGUCGCUUCGCAGAUUUCGCGUUCUGGAGAAGAUCUCGUACGUAUGGCAGAGGCGGGGGAGAGCUGGCGAGGCCCUCGUGGAGGAGUUCGAGAGGAAAAUGGAGGCUCUGCGUCGCUCCCACUGUCGCGAAACGCCUUCCCUUCAGGGCGACGCGCUGCAUGCGCCACCCGCGCAGGCAGCCUCUCCUCGGCCUCGCCUGACCGUGGAAGUUGGAACGGCGGAAAUGCAAGUGGAGGCUUGUCACCCUGUCUCUGAUCUCCGCCUUCUCUUCGCCGCUGACGCCGCCCCGACACACGUUCGAGUCUUCUUCGAACCUUCUUCUGCCUCUGCAUGCGCAUCAGCAUCUUCCGGUCCUCUCUGUGGGCGCUCUUUCUUCUCUCCCCUUUGUCCUUUUACGCCUCCAACAUUGGCCUCGCCUGUCGCUGCAGAUCUACUUAAAGCCGCAACCAGCAGUCAACUCCCUCCAGUUGCUGUGGCGUCAGAAUCACAUCUUUCUUCUUCCUCUUCUUCCUCUUCUCUCUCUUCCUCGUCUCUCUCUUCCUCUUCUCUCUCUUCCUCUUCUUCUGUGCUCCCUCGUCUGUUUGUCUCUUCCAGUUCUUCCAGGUCUCAAGACCCCCCUGGGCGACUGCCUGUCCCCGGUGCGUCUGCCUCUGCGUCUCCGUCUGUGUCAGUCUCUCCUCCUCCCGAGAGAGGAGAAAACGAGAAGACUGAGGGCGCCCGCCCUCAGAGCGGAAGCGGGGGAGUAGAGAGAUCUGCAGGCCUCGCCGUUCCGCCUGGCUGCGGAGUUGGAAGCCAAUCUCGGUUCCGGGACUUGAUGGCGGCGGACAAGAACCGCUUGGCUGCAUGCAGUUCGGGAGCUCUGCGACGCAUUUCCCUGGAGGAGCUGUCAAGACACUGCUCGCGGGAAGAUCUGUGGGUCGCGCUCGACGGCGUCGUUUACGACAUCAGCUCCUACGUCUCCUUCCACCCUGGCGGCGCCCGGAUUCUCGUAGAGCAUGCAGGCACCGACAUCUCAGAGGUUUUUCGCCAGUACCACGCAUGGGUGAACGCGAAACACAUCCUCGAAUACAACCGGGUGGGAAUCUUUCAGGGAUAGACUCGGAGACAGCAAGGGAGAGAGAACGCGAGGAGGAGGAGAAAGUCAAGACGCACACAGAGCAGACGGAAUGAGAAGGAGACAGAAAAGCGAGAGAUCGAAGAAGUGAGGAGAAACAGACGAGACGACGAAGUGAAAAAGAACGGCCAAACGCGCGUCGCAUCGGUCCUCUCGGUGCUGCCACACUGGUGCACCGGAGCACCGUUCGACUCUCGGUCUUCUGCAUGCAACGCUUUGCUGGAAUCCGUUGAAGACCCGCGCACACAGUGCCGAAAUCCCUUUUCUAGCACCGCGACUGCGAACAGCCUGAACAGUGCGUUGUUUGCAAAUACCAUUAAAAACCACUAAAAACGCACAUACACA